AUGGAACCCUCCUCCAGUCCCAUCUGGAGGAUCCAUACCAAACCUAAAACUCUGGAAUUCAUUGACCAGGCGNGUCCAACUGUAUAUGACUUCUCCCAUUUGGGCCACGCGCGCAACUAUGUUAGCUUGGAUAUUCUCAGAAGAAUCAUGACACAUCUAGGCUACGAUGUGAACAUGGUCAUGAAUGGUACGAGACACCUGAUACCCACUUGCUGCCAUAUGUCUGACCCUACACACANNGUCACCGACGUAGAUGACAAGAUCAUUCUUGCUGCCCGCCAACAACACUUGCUGACCAACUUCAUCAACAAACACGACAACAUUGACACCGACGUUCUCGACACGACAAACGCUGCUUUCAAGGCAUACAUCUCAAAGAACCUCCCUCUGUUGUCGGGAGAUGUCUCACCUUCCGACUACACACAAACAGUAGAAAAGGCGUAUGGCCAUGUCUUACAAGGGAAGAACUUGGCCAAUGACGGUGCCGCCCCUGGAGACAACGAAGCAAAGGUCAAGAUGCACAUCAAGACAUCCUCCACUGCUGCCGAAGCUCUUGCUGCUCAAGCCAAUGCCUUAGACUUCUAUGCCAAGGCCUCUGGCGUUCUCCUACCCUACCUCGAUGCUCAAUUUGGCUCCACCAUCGAUGCCAACGAUCACGCUUUGUUCAACAGUCUUGCGAAGAAGUACGAGAACUAUUUCUUCGAAGACAUGGCUGCCCUCAAUGUCUUGCCCCCAACCACCAUUACUCGCGUCACCGACUACGUUCCCCAGAUUGCAGACUUUGUGAAGCAAAUCCAGGACAACGGCUACGCCUACGAGCACAACGGAAGUGUUUACUUUGAUGUCGGUGCUUGGGAGAAGGCUGGAGGUGUUUAUGCUCGUCUGGAACCAUGGAACAAGGCCGAUCCUGCGCUCCUUGCCGAGGGUGAAGGCUCUCUGGCAGCCAAGGGAACUUCAUUUAAGAAGUCUCCAGCAGACUUCUCGUUGUGGAAAGCGUCUAAGGCAGGUGAGCCGGCUUGGAACAGCUCGUGGGGCCCCGGCCGACCCGGCUGGCACAUUGAGUGCAGUGCCAUGGCGUCCGACGUACUUGGAUCUCGCAUGGAUAUCCACUCAGGUGGAAUAGACUUGGCAUUCCCACAUCACGACAACGAGCUCGCCCAAUCAGAGGCUUUCCACUGCUCCUGCCCGGCCGAGAAAGACAGCACAUGGGUCAACUACUUCCUUCACAUGGGUCACUUGGGUAUCUCCGGCGCAAAGAUGUCAAAGAGUCUCAAGAAUUUCACCACUAUUCGUGAAGCCCUGGAGAAAGGAACAUGGACCCCUCGCGGCUUGAGAAUAGUCUUCUUGCUCGGAAACUAUCGUUCUCCUUUGGAGAUUUCUGAUUCCAUCGUGCAGAUUGCUUCGCAGUGGGAAGACAAGAUUUCCAACUUCAUGCUCAAGGCUUUGGACACAAAGAUCAACCCUAGCCAGGGAGCUGUUGACAGCGAGACCGGUCUUUCGCCUGAUGGUCCUCUCAAGGAAGCUCUUCAAUCGGCCAAGAUCUCUGUCGAAGACGCGCUCUUGGAUUCCUUCGAUACACCCACAGUGAUGAAGGUUCUCUCAGACCUUGUCACCGCAUUCAACUCCGAGAUUGGUGUCAGCGACGAAGUAACCAUCGAAAUUGCCAAAUACGUUACAUCAAUUGUUACAAUGCUGGGACUGGAUGCCAACCCGCCUUCUCAUGGUAUCUCGUGGAGCGGUAUUGAGGUGGAUUCUACCGUUGCGCCGUUUGUGUACCCUCUCGCCAAGAUCAGAGACGAGGUACGAAAGCAGGCCAUCGCUGGUACCAUCGACGCACCUGCCAUCCUCAGUCACUUCGAUGCUGCCGCACUCAAGACACCGCCAGAAACAAAGGAGGGUGCUGAAGCUGCCGAAGCUACAGUGGGCUGGUUGAGCAAACUCAAUGACCUUAUCAAGGCUGAUGCAGCUCCUAAAGCAUACAUGCCCCUUUGCGACGAACUUCGUGACACCACUCUUUGGAACUUGGGCAUCUACCUGGAAGACCGCGCCAACGCACCCGCUCUCGUACGUCCCUUGAACGCGUCUCUCCGCGAGGAGCGCGCGAAUCGCGAAGCUCUGGCUGCCAUGAAGCUAGAAAAGGCAAAGGCAGCAAAAGAGGCUAAAGAAAAGGAGGAGCGUGAGAGAUUGGAGAAGGGAAAACUGUCUCAUCUGAAGAUGUUCCGCACAGCAGAAUUCUCAGAGUGGGACGAAGAAGGUUUGCCGACAAAAGACAAGGAGGGUAAGGAAGUUGCUAAGAGCAGAAGUAAGAAAUUGAGAAAGGAUUGGGAGAGGCAGAAGAAGUUGCACGAGGCUUGGGCUGCCGCUGCCAAAUAA